GUACAUGUCUUUACCGCCUCAUCCUCCUCCUAUGCCUGGCCUCUCGACGUGCUCAGCUGUCCAGCCUGCCGCGAGCUCCGCGUCCACUCGACGCAGUCAUCUUCGUCUUGACACAUGGCGACCGAAUACUUAGUCGCCCUGCCCACCGUCGGAGCUGGGACCAGCCACCCAGGUUGCGGCCUGAAGGGUGCCCACGGCCCUCGAGCUAUGUCUCUCGGUCCAUGUCCUGUGUGUACUUUCUUGAUGGAGCGCAUCAAACCCUGCCUCGCCUCUGCAAAGAGUCGGUUCUCCAGUGCAGACGUGGUUCCCUCGUCUGGGGACUGGCAUGUCACUGCUGACUGUCAUGUGCGUGAUGAUCGGCUCUGUCUCGUCCGGCAUCCCGCUUGUACCUGCAUUGCUGGCGGCUGGGGACCCCACAGGUACAUCCCAAAAGCAUGGUUAUCCCCCCUUACUCGUAUGCCGAACAAAGCUCGCCAGGCACAGCGCUUAGCCACACACUACGGUGAAAGCCUGUGUCUGUGGACGGCCAGCACCUGGCGGCUCGGGCGGGCGUUAUGCACGGGGAUAAGCCUUGCGUAUCGAUUACCGGCCGGCCGCCUACGUCAUCAACAGACUUCAUGCCUAACUUCAUACUCAGCCAACAAGCAGCCGGGCAUCCACUCGAUGCUUCCACCCACACAGCAAUAUAUCCUAACUUCUAUCCACGAUUGCCUGCGAACAAUACCGUCAGCAUUCAGCUGGCGAUUAAUGCACAGACACCCUUGUUGCUCUGUAAGCACCAUUACAGACUAUCUUUGGUCGCAAUAUCAGAGUACGACGAAGCUCACAAACACCUGCGUCUAUGCUGCUGGGCUUUCUGCUGAGGUCUACUCCAAGCACUGGUGUAAAGACGAAAGAAUCUCUUCCGUUUCCACUCAUCUAUAUGAAGGUGAAGAUUAUUGCACAGCCAUGUGUACAAAAUACUACGCUAUUCUC